CCUCAGCUGCUCGAGCCCGACGCCCGCAGGAACCGCUCGACCCCGACGCCCUCGUCUUCUCCUGAACCAACGCCUCCCCCAAGCUCGUCUCCGCCCCCGACGCGAGCGCGUCCUCCUCGUCCACGCCGGACAGCGCCGCCCGCGCGCAGCCCUGCCUCUCCUCCGCCACGCUCAGUCCAUCCCCGACGAGCUCCUCUCUAUCGCGCCCCGCCUCUUCAUGCUGCCGGCCGCCGUCGCCAUGAGCUUCGCACGCAGCGACCUUCGCUGCGGGCACGCGCCACGCCGUCCCUGGCCUCGCCUCCUCCUUGGCGGACGCUGCUCUGCCCCGCCUCGUCCUCGUCCGUGAGCACCUGCUUGUCCCCUACAUCGACCGACGCACAUCCUUGCAUCCCCGACCUUGCUACCUCCACCUCUACCGCUGUUCUCACGCGUGAGCCCGUGCCCAACCUCCACCUAACGCCAUGUCUCUCUUUUCGCUGCUCCCGCGAAGUGAGUCCUCGUCGUGCCCGCGUCACGGCCGCCCCUGUCUCCUGCCUCUCCGCGCUGGCCGCGCGCCGACCGUCCUGAACCUCCCGCUCGCCGGCCAGGCAGCUGCCUCUUUUUCCUGCCGCGCGCGAGACCGCUCGAUCCAGCUGAUCCCUUGCAGUGUCUGUUUUCUUCCUUUUCAGCUAGCACAAGCACGCAAAGACCCAAUCGAUCCAGCUGCCUAUCUGCUUGCUUACAUGCUAGCUAAAUCAGCGCGUACGUGUAUGUCUCGCCGCUGAUGCCGAUCGAUCGCUCCAUUCGUUCAGUCUGUGAACAACUUGGCUUCUAUUCCUACAGCACAUCGUUCGUUUAUCUCGAGCUAACUGUCGGCCGGUCGGCUCAUCUAAUUCGGCUUCGGCUUCAUUUGUUCCUGUGUUUUGAUCUUCACCACAUGUUUGGUAAAAUGUCCGCAUAUCAUGUGGCAUCCGUUCCUUCCGGCGACCUCAUCUGUUUUGUCCGUUGAUUCUACUCGGUGCAACCACUACUCCUUCACCUAUGCCGCCUCUCCGACAUGACCUUCUCCAGCUUUGGCGCCGAUCCAAGUUCGACACCGACAACCGCGCUGGGCCAUUGACGCCCCACCGACAAGAUCUACUUCCUGGCGUUCGACGCAUCGUCUACUUCCUCAACAUCGGCGACUUCCGCCACUUCCUCUCCGACCCGACCAUUUGCUUCUUCCCGGAUAGGAUCGCGAAGUGGUGUGGUGAGAUACGACAAGUUCUCCGGAUGUUCCUCGGUAUGAAGAUAUGUUCGAUGAAGACGACUCUAGCAAGGUUACCCUUCCGGCUUGGCCUGGGCAGGGUUAUGGACGCCACUGGUUAUCUUCAGGACUCUUAGUCCAAUUUGUAUAUUGUCCGUACUCGGACGUAUUUGAUCUUCUGUAUGAUUUGGAUCUUUGUAUUGUAUAUUUGUAUCUUGAUUCGUUUGAGUCGUUGUAAUAUAUAUGUUUCUUGUGGGCUCUA